UUCAAAGGUCGGGGCAAAAAUUAAAAAAGGACUUGGUAGAAAAAGAAGGAAAGAAAAGAGAAACUCGCGACAGAUAGGAGAGAGGGACGGGAGAGAGGGAGAAGAGGGAGGCUGGAAGCUCACUCUCAAUACCAAUGGUGGUUAGGGUUUUUCUACUGAUUCGAAUACAGUAGCCCCGCCCGAGCAACCUCCUGAUUUUGUCGGAACAGCUCGUCUCCUGCCCUCUUUAUUCUUCAAAACCCUAAUUUCGCGUUCGGGGGUUUGGUGAUUUGAGCUCAGCAAGUUCUUCCCCUUGCUGUUCUCGCUCGGAAUUCGCAUCGAGAUUAGCUUCUUGGUGUUUUCAAUGGGGUCGCAGGACAAAUCACCGAACAAUACCACGCAGCGUGUUAAAGUAUACCGCUUGAAUGAAGAUGGGAAAUGGGAUGAUCAAGGCACUGGGCAUGUCACUGUUGAUUACUUGGAGAGAUCGGAAGACCUAGGUCUGUUUGUUAUUGAUGAGGAGGACAAUGAAACACUACUGCUGCACCGCAUCAGCUCAGAUGAUAUCUAUCGCAAGCAAGAAGAUACAAUUAUUUCCUGGCGGGAUCCUGAGUUUUCAACUGAAUUGGCCCUUAGCUUCCAAGAGACAACUGGUUGCUCUUACAUAUGGGAUCACAUAUGUAGUCUGCAAAGGAACAUGCACUUUAACUCACUUGCCAGUGAAACUUUCAACAACAUCAAUAGUGAGUUGAGGGAACUGCCUCCAGUUGAGUUGUCUUCCCUCCCUUCGAUACUUAAGAUUGUUGAGUGUGGCAUAGCAGAUCAAUUGCGUGUGACUGAACUUAUAUUGAAUGAGCAAGAUUUUUUCCGGAAGUUGAUGGAACUUUUUAGGAUAUGUGAAGAUUUGGAAAACAUUGAUGGUCUUCACUUAAUUUUCAAAAUUGUUAGGGGAAUCAUUCUGCUAAACAGUGCUCAGAUCUUUGAGAAAAUUUUCGGGGAUGAAUUGAUUAUGGAUAUAAUGGGAUGCCUAGAGUAUGACCCACAGGGACCUCUCACCCAUCACCGCAACUUUCUAAAAGAGGAUGUAAUUUUUAAGGAGGUUGUACCUAUUAAGGAUCCUGUAGUUCUUUCAAAGAUACACCAAACUUACCGAGUUGGGUAUCUGAAGGAUGUCAUUUUGCCCAGAGCUUUGGAUGAAGGCAUAGUUGGAAAUCUAAAUUCUAUUAUUCAUUCAAAUAAUGCAAUUAUUAUUUCCUUGCUGAAAGAUGAUAGUGCCUUUAUCAAGGAUUUAUUUGCUAGGAUGAAGGUUCCUACCAUUUCCAUAGAAUCAAAGAGAACUGUGGUAGACUUCUUGCGCGAGUUCUGUACCUUAAGUAAGAGCUUGCAGAUGGUACAUCAGCAUCGGCUAUUUAGGGAUCUAGUGAGUGAAGGCAUUUUUGACAUCAUAGCGGAUGUCUUGCAAAGUGAAGACUAUAAGCUUGUAUUGACUGGGACAGACAUCCUCGUUCUUUUUCAGAGUCUGGAUGGGAAUAUUUUGCGUUCUUAUGUCAGUCGGCAGGAAGGAGCUCUUCUUGGACUCAUGGUGAAACAUAUGCUUACAGAUUAUGGAGAUAAUAUGCAUUGCCAAUUUUUUGAAAUUCUUCGCAGUCUUUUGGAUUCUCCACCAGGCGCACAGAGAGAAAAUAUUGUGGAGAUUUUCUAUGAAAAGCACUUGAAUCAGUUAGUUGAUGCAUUAUCAUCAUGCCAGUCAAAUAGUGAUGGUCCUGGCAGCAAGUCUGAUAGUUCACUUGGAGGACCCGGGAUUCAAAGAUCCGUGAAGCCUGAAAUUUUGUUAAAUACCUGUGACUUGCUAUGUUUCUGCGUUGUGCAGCAUCCUUACAGGAUAAAAUGUGAUUUUCUUCUUAACAAUGUGAUCGAUAAGGUUCUAUACCUGACAAAAAGAAGAGAAAAGUACCUUGUUGUUGCUGCUAUUAGAUUUGUGAGAGCGCUUGUUUCUCGCAGUGAUGAGCACCUAAUGAAUCAUGUUGUUAAGAACAACCUUUUCAAACCAAUUGUAGACGCCUUUGUGGCCAAUGGAGAUCGUUAUAAUCUUCUAAAUUCUGCGGUUCUUGAACUCUUUGAAUAUAUCCGGAAGGAGAAUUUGAAAAUAUUAUUACGGUAUCUGGUGGAUACUUUCUGGGAUCAGCUGGCAAAAUUUGAAACUCUCUCUUCUAUUCAUGCACUGAAAGUUAAAUACGAACAGGUAUCGUCAUUUCUCUGUGAUAUAUGCGCCUCAUCUUGGUGGUGUUCCACAAAUGAAACAUAUUGCCACUUGCAGUCGCUUGAAAAUGUUGGUACAGCAAGCACUGGUACAUUGUUAGACCAAAGGAAACGACUUGAUGAACGAGCUCUGGAAAAAGAAGAAGAGGAUUAUUUCAAUGAGGACAGUGAUGAGGAAGAUUCAGCAUCUGCUCAUUCAGCAAGCAUUAAACGAGGAAAACCUGAACCUCCCAUUUUAGUUAAUGGGUCUGCUCCGGAAAAUCCGUCACCUAGGUCUGGUGGACUGGUUGAUUAUGACGAUGAUGAAGAUGACGAGGACUACAGGCCGCCUCCAAAAAAGACUACAGGCUCGUCUGAUGAAGAUGGGGGACUGGUAGAGUUCCCAUUGAAACGCAAACUAGUUCCGAAAGAGGAUAGUGAGGCAAAAAGGUUGCAACUCUCUCCGAAAGGCUUAAAACCCAGAGCUGUCUUUUGCUCUACCUUAAAGGACGGGGGACUAUCCAGCAACAAACAAGCAACCGAAAAUGUUCCUCCAAGUGUAAACCAGAAUUCCGUCACACCAAAUCCUGAGAAGGGGCUGUCUGAAACUGCAGAAGUGGCAAAACACACGGUCAAAGACGAAGUCUCUUCCAAAAGCUGCAAUGACAGUUCAGAUGAUUCUACCGAUACAAGAAAUCUUGGAGAUGAGCGCCCUUUGUUAUCACCGAAGUCCUCGCCAGAGAUGGCUGUGAAAGGAUCUUGAAUAUAUUCGAAAGAGUUCAACAUGCUUCAACUUCCACACGGCAGAGUCCCCACAUCGCCCAUAUUCUUUAGCGGACUCGACCAAAUAGCAUGAGUAAACGAGGGAGACAAACAAACAGAGCCCCCCUCGGAUACUGGGAGAGCAUACUGUACAGUACUGUCGCAAGGAUGCAGAGGACUUGCCUGUAAGCUUCUUCCUUAAUUUAAGUUUCCGGGCAAAUCUCAGCCGAGUAUUGUUGUUCGUCGUUGUAAGACUAACACCAACUACAGCCUUUUGCUAAUACACCAUCGUCAUCUUUGCUUGAUUCUUUCUGCUUACCUGUAAUGUCGUCACACAUGUUUGCGUUUGUAUGUGAUAAAGACAGGGAAGCAAGCAAAUCCUGUCGUUUUUGCAUGAUCUGUGUAAGCUAGGGAACACAUUUAGGGACCUUGUUGAGGCAGAAUUGUGUUUCUUUUUCAUGCGAUUGUAUCUUACUUAGUAAGAAAAAUGUACAUUAUUUUAUAUUCGAGGUAAACUAUCUUCUUAAAAA